UUGUCAGGGAGAGGGAUGGCUGGAGUGGAGGGCUCUUCCCUGGGGCUCAGGGCCUCCCAUGGACCCAGGGCGGCCCUAGCAAUGACAGGGCUCCGGGAUUAACCCAGUUUGAGGCUGCUUUGACUGCCUUGGCUCAGGGCUGGGGAAUCCUGGGAAGUGUGGCUGCAUCCACAAGGGAGAGAUAAACCGGUUUGGCACCGCUUUAACUCUUUUCCUGGCUAUGGAAUUCUGGGAGUUGGAGUUUGUUGUGGCCAACCUGGGUGGAUUUCUUAGCAAUUAUUGGGAGGAAGGAGGUAGAAUUCCAUAGCGUUGAGCCAGAAAGAGAGUUAAAGUGGGUUAUUUCUCCAGUGUGGAUGCAGCCAUGCUUCCCAGGAUUCCCUAGCACUGAGCCAGGUCAGUCAAAGCAGUCCCAAACUGGGUUAAUCCUGCACCCUAGAAAUGUCAACCCACGCUUCUCAGCCCUGCUCACAAUGGAGGGCCUUUUGGAUGCAGGCUGAAAUGUAGGACAGGUCCUGGGAAAGGAGGACACCUAGCCACCUGCUCAGAGAGAGUUCUGGUGCCUCCAAAAACACAAAAAGUCUACAUAACCCAGGAUUAUUUAUGCAGUGACGAAGUUGCAUCCACACUGCCAAAAUAACCCAUUUCCACGCCGCUUUAACUGCCAUGGCUCCAUGCUAUGGACCUGGCCAACCUGGAUGGAGGAAGGAGGCAGGGACAGUAGGAGGACUCAGUGAAAGUCACUUGCAUUUGGGGAAUUCCCCCCAUCUGCCAGAGCUCUCAGCAACAAUGAAUGAAACGGUACCUGAUGCCACUGAGAAGUUCAUAGUCAUCCACUCAAAGGUUCACAGAGAUACUAUUUUGGCUAACUUUGAAGAACAGAGGAGAAAGGAUUUUCUGUGUGAUAUCACUUUAAUUGUAGAAAAUGUCCAGUUCAGAGCACACAAAGCUUUGCUUGCUGCCAGCAGUGAGUAUUUCUCAAUGAUGUUUGGUGAUGAGGCGGAGAUUGGCCAGUCAAUCUAUAUGCUGGAAGGAAUGGUGUCCGAUGCUUUUGGAGCACUCUUGGAAUUUAUCUACACAGGCUCUCUUCAAGCUAGUGAAAAAAGUACAGAGCAAAUCUUAGCCACUGCUCAUCUUCUCAAAGUGAAUGAUUUGGUGAGGGCUUACACCGAUCAGCAGAAAAACUGUAGUUUGAAUAACACGUUAUCCUCCAUUCCUAGUGGUGAGAGUAUGGUACCUUUUUUGGCAAACAACAAAAAGGUUGAAGAGCCACCAAAGCAAAAACGGGGAAGACCAAGAAAAGGGAAGAGUGCCCAGGAGGAAAAGCUGGGGGCAUCUUCUACUGAAGAUGUGCAAUUAAGAGAGAAUAAUUCAGUUCAGAAUAAGCAACAUUUUAUGAAGAAGGAUACUGUGGUGGAAGGUGGAGAGUCCAAUGAACUGAUUCCUUUAAGUGGAGAAGUGAGAGAAGCUGAGCGUGCUUGUAGUUCAGAUGCUGUGGUGAGUGUCUCCACUGAAAAAGAUGAGAACUAUGAUCCGCAAUGCCAGAAUACACAGCCCAGCCAGAGUCGUUGUAGCACACGUAGAAUAAGGCGGUCUAUCAAACUAAGAGAUUACAAACUUAUUGGUGAUGGAAAGGACACUGGACUGAAAAAGAGAUCUGAUGGGAAAAGUAAACAUACUGGAUCAAAAGUUGAAUGCAAAGACUGUGGAAAACUAUUUAAAUAUAACCAUUUUUUAGCUAUUCAUAGAAGAAGUCAUACAGGGGAGCGCCCGUUCAAGUGUAGUGAAUGUGGUAAAGGCUUUUCCCAGAAACACUCUCUCCAUGUCCAUGAGCGGAUGCAUACUGGAGAACGGCCAUACACCUGUACUGUUUGCAAUAAGGCUUUAACAACAAAACACUCACUCCUGGAACACAUGAGCCUGCAUACAGGUCAGAAGGAUUUUACCUGUGAUCAGUGUGGAAAAUAUUUCAGCCAGAAAAGGCAACUUAAGAGUCAUUACAGAGUUCAUACAGGCCAUUCAUUGCCAGAAUGUAACCUGUGUAAUCGCAAAUUCAUGGAUGCAGCUCAGUUGAAGAAGCAUUUAAGAACACAUACAGGUGAAAAGCCAUUUACUUGUGAAAUCUGUGGCAAAUCCUUCACAGCAAAAAGCUCUCUUGAGACUCAUAUCAGAAUCCACAGAGGAGAAAAGCCAUAUUCAUGCACCAUUUGUGGAAAAUCCUUUUCUGAUUCCAGUGCUAAGAGGAGACACUGUAUCUUGCACACAGGUAAAAAGCCUUUCUCUUGCUCUGAGUGCAGUGUGCAGUUUGCACGCUUGGACAAUCUGAAAUCUCAUUUAAAGAUUCACAUCAAAGAAAAACAGCUACAGGAAGCAAGUGCUGCUCAUACUACUACCACUACCACCUCUUCUACAGAGGAAAUAAGGAACAUUGUUCAGCUGCAGCAAUAUCAACUCUCCACCUCUGGAGCACAAGAGAUCCAGUUACUGGUUACUGAUUCAGUGCACAAUAUAAAUUUUGUGCCCAGCCAUAAUCAAGGUAUCAGUGUUGUUACUACUGAUGGUUCCCAAAAUGUGAUGGCAGACCAUGCAGGCAAUCUUACUCUUCUUGCUCAGCCACCACAGCAGCUGCAGAACUUGCUGCUUUCAGCCCACCCAGAACCAUCAGACCAAAUUGAGAACAUCAAUAUUGUGAGCAGCCAAAUGGAACCUGCCCAGACUGAGCAAAUGCAUGUCAUCACGCUCUCAAAAGAAGCCUUGGAACACCUCCACGCCAAUCAGAAUCAAGCUGAAGUGCUUCAGAUAGCUACUGGGACAUCACAUCCAACACAGCACCUGCAAGUGACACAAGAAGCUAACCAUCAGUAUCGUAUUGACCAAGACACAGUCCUACCUCCUCAUAUUCACAAAGGACAGAGACACACUGUACAUGUAUCUGAAUCAGCUCAACAGUCUCUUACUGUAGAACAGACUUCUGGUGAUCUUCAUAUUGAGAGACAGACUUUUUAAAGUACAUGUGCUUCUUAGAAAUGUAUUUAUGAUAUGCUGCUUAAAAAUGUAUUUAUCAAGAGGGAACGAAGGUCUUUCAUGCAAACUGUAUCGGGUUUCUUCUGUUACCUGUGUUUGCAUUUUUUGGUAAAACUGACAUGGCGUCAUGUAGCUAAAUAUUCUGGAGGUUUUUUUUAUUCAGACAUAACAAUUGUGAGCACAGUUUAGCAGUUCACAGACUAGCAUCGUAAACAUUUCUUUCUAUCCUUCCUUCCCUAUUUAUCUUGUGUGCCAGGGUUUCUUAAAAUAUGGCUUCCCAUUAUGUUGAAGCAUGGAAACUGAUCUAAGCACUCACAACACUUCUAGCUUGCAAACCAGAAUUUUAAGUGGGAGAGAAAAUGUGAAGACACACAGUUCAUUUCCAAUACAAUGAGCUAGGCUUUAGUGGACCAAGGUUAUUAUGUCUAAAAUGGGGCACUGCCUGGAGGAGAGUGUACAUUAUACUUGAAGUAAUGUAGCACUGCUGGUCAUCCAUACACAGAUAUUUCAUUUUUGAUGCAUACUUGGUCUGUUUUUUUACCCCUUUCGCCUAACUGUUCAGUUGCCAUUUUUUGAAGCUGAAAGUAGAUCUGAUUCCAUUGAAGACAGAAAAAAAAUUCGAAGGAACUAUGACCCGAUAGGGCACCCUCGUCAUGUGCUAGGGGUUGGCUGAGGGCACACCGCCCACAUGUGCCUCAACCCUAGCACGUGACAAGGGCAUCAAAACGGCAGCACCCUGUACAGAUGGGCGCCAACAUUUUGACGCGAUGGAUGCUUAGCGCCUGCACGUCGCGGCACCAUAAUGAUGCCGCGAGUGUGCCAUUGGUGCACUGCGGCGUCUUUAUGGUGCCGCAAAAAGAACCCACUCUGUGGGUUCUUUUUUGCUGUGCGAGGAAGCCGCAUGGUUUGUCCGCUGCAGCUUCCUUGCGCAGCAAAACAUGGCGCGGGCAGACCGCCCUUUUUUGGACGGUCUGUACCCCGCCUAUCUUUCUCUCCCAGUGGAACAUGUUGGAAGUGAAACAUGUUACCUCAACAGUCUUAUAUUAAGCAUGUAUAAUGAUUGGAUGUGAUGCUGAGAUGUUUACAAAGGAAGGUAUAGGGAUUUGCACAUAAGGGGAGAGGAACAUGGAAUCUCCAGCCUGCUCUUAAUAUCUCACCUGCAGUUUGGGCUACUAUUAAGCUAUAUGUCUGCACUUGCCUCACAUGACUGCUCACUGGAAACCAAAAGUGUUAUCACCUGCAUCAUUUGGAUCUCCUGGCUAUUUUUGUCCUAUAUGUUCCUUUCUAUUAUUAUUAUUAUUAUUCACAUUUAUUUAUAGAGCGUUGUAAAGUUUGCACAGCUCUUUACAUAGCAGGGGUCAAAAAAGAAAAAAUAAAAACCUGCCAAGCGGUGUACAAUCUAAAACAACAUUACAUGAUUAAAAUAUCUCUAAAAUAAUACUAACUAAUAUUCAAUGAAGACAAAGUAAGCAGCAGAUUAAUUUGGAAUGCUUCUCUGAACAAAAGUGUCUUACCCAGAGACCCUGGGGUGCUGAAUAUUUGGAGUUACUAUACAAGCAUAUUUUCCCAUUCAUUUCAGUGGAAGAUAUGUAUUCAACACAUCUCUUUGCACAUUUUUUUACUUGUGGUGAAGUAAAUGGAUAGGAAUCUGUGCAUGUACAUGCAUUGGAACACCUAAAGCAACUCAAGAUUUGUGCAAUCUCACUCCUUAUGUGCACACCAAAUUAAUGCACUUAAUGCAAAUGUGGUUGUAAGAAUAAAACUAAUAACAACCUUUGGUUCAUUUAUUGACUCUGCCAUGGGUGCAGUUACAGCCAAAUCAUAUAAACUUCUUGUGCCUUAGCUUUUACAGGUUGUUGUGUGCCUUCAAGUCAUUUCCAACUUAUGGCAACCCUAAGGUGAACCUAUCAUGGAUUUUUUUGGCAAGAUUUGUUCAAAAAUGGUUUGCCAUUGCCUUCCCAUGAGGCUGAGAGCAUGUGACUUGCCCAAGGUCACCCAAUAGGUUGCAUGGCUGAGCAGAAAAUCGAACCUUGCUCUCCAGAGUUGUAGUCCAACACUCAAACCACUAUGCCAUGCUGUACCUACAACUUGUGAAUAAACAUUCAUCACAUGUGCAAAUCAACUUAAUCCUUGAAUGCUUAGGUGCUAGAAAUACAUGCAAAAUGUUUCAACCACAAGAUAACUGCUAUUAUAGUUUGCAAUAUGCUACUAUUUUUAUUAUAUGUUAUAGCUGAGUUGCUGAUAAAACAACCUUUUAAAUAAAGAUUUAAGAGGGCAAGGAUCUCAAGUGGUUUUGUAAAAGCCAUUUACUUGAUAAUGAUAAAAAUACUCUGAAAAGUAAAUGUUCUGGGGGGGGGGGGGGGCUACUGAAAAGUAGUUAUGGAACAAAAAUCUAGACAGAAGAACAAAGCCUUGAAAUUUAGCUCCUAGAAAUGUCUAAUUCUGCUGUGACUAAUGGAGUUGCAAAUAUCAAAUUACCACAUAAGGAGAAAAUACUUAAUUUCCUCUGCUAUGGGUUAAAAAUGUAAUGCUUCUGUGUAUCUGUUCUGAUAAGAUGGAGUUUUUUAAAAAAAAAUAAAAAUAGCGAAUGAGCUUAUCAUUCUAGGUUUUUCCCCAUGCCAUUUAAAUGAAUGCUUCAAAUUUUACUAAUUACUCAGAAACUCAGUAGUAGAGAUCCUGUGUACUGUCAGUGAGCCAGCCUUCCAUAUCAGUUCUCUUUAUUCCUAUGUUCUUUACAUACAGUUAAAAUAAUAUUUCAGAAAACAAUUUGCCCAUCCAAAUAUAGAAAUACAUUUCAUCUCACUUGUUUCCCCAUGUUUCUAAUGCUUGAAAAAGGAUGGGUUAGGUCCGUCUUAAGGCUGUGCUUCAAAAGCUGUCUAAUGUGGGGAAGUGCAGAUUUUUCUAGUGUGCCAGGGUAUUCUGGUGCACUUUGACUACAAUUGUUUCCAUCUUUCUGGAAACCAACAGCUUAUGGCUCAUGGAUCACUGCUGAUUUAAACCAUCUAUUGAUAGAAGGGUUUCUGAAUCUAUGGAGAUUUGAGGGUUCUUCAGGACACUGGUGAAGAAGUGGUUCAAGUUGAUUUUUUUUCCUUUUCCGCCAGCAGGAGAAUUUUGAGCCAGUAAAAGGAAAGUUGGAAUGGUUAAUGGUCUCAACCAGUGGUGGGAAAUAUGUGGCCCUUUAAAAGUUGUUGGUUAUGCUGUCUGGUAAAGGAUGCGGUGGCUCAAGUGUUAAGACAUUGGCUAUUGAUUGCAAGAUUGGCAGGUUGGCAGUUUGGGGCCCGGGUGCCAUAUGGUGGGGUAAGCUCCCAUCACUAGUCCCAACUUCUACCUAUCUAGCAGUUUGAAAGUAUACAAAUGCAAGAAGAUAAAGAGGUAGCACUCUGGUGGUAAGGUAAACAGCGUUCUGAGCAAUCAUUCUGGCCACAGCAUCACAGAGUAGUCUCUGACAACGCUGGCUCUUUGGCUUAUUAACAGAGAUGAGCACUACCCCCUAUGGUUGGACACGACUUGACAACCUUAUCAAAGGGGAAUACCUUUACCUUUACUAUGCUGUCUGAUGCUAGUUGGGAGCACAUGUGUCUCAAUUGUUGUGUCCCAGUUGUCAUGGGCAAUAAAUCCCAAAGUGGGUGGUACACAUCCCAAGAGGCUGUGGAACUAUCCAGGGGGGCAGUGAGGAGAAUAUUAGUAAAACGCAUAGAGAUGCUAGUAUAUUAAAAACCAUGUAAAUAUCAAAUCAUAACAUGACAAUACUAGUGUGUGUCAUAAUUCUAUUUAAAGCCUGUCCCAAACAUAAUGGAGAUUAGAUUCUUUUUCCAUGCAUUAGUUGCAUAUUGCUGCUUGAACAUCCAUGAUUCUAGGGGUCACUGUAGCUGCAUUUCCAUUUUUUUUCUAUGUAGUUAUUCAGAGAAAAACUGUAAAUAUAACAGUUUUCAACCUACUCUCUUUCUCAAGUGUGUGUGUGUGUUAAUUGCCAUAAAGCUGGCAUGACUUAUGGCAACACUAUGAAUAAGAUGUCUCCAAGAUACCCUGUCCUCAGUAGCCCUGCUCAGCAGUUGCAGACUCAGUGCGAAGGUUUCCUUCAUUAAGUCCAUCCAUCUGCAUUUGGUCUUCUUCUUUGCCUGCUGCUUUCCACCUUCCUAAGCAUUAUUGUCUCUUCUAGUGAAUCAUGCCUUCUCAUGACCAACAGCUUCAAUUUAGUUCCUAGAGGAAGCCAAAACAGCAGGCUUGAUUUGGUCUAGAACCCAUUUCAUUGACUUGUUAGCAGUUCAUGGUAUUUGCAAAACUCUUCUCCAGCACCACAUCUCAAAUGAGUUGAUUUUCUUCCUAUCAGCUUUCUUCACUGUGCAGCAGCUCUCACAUCCAUACAUAGUGGUGAGGCAUACGAUUGCACAGGCAAUUCUAAAUGUAAUAUUCAAUGGAAUAUCUUUGCACUUUAGAAUCUUGUCUAAUUCUUUCACAGUGGCCCUUUCAAGUCCUAAUCAUCUGAUUUCUUGGCUGUAAUCUCCAUUCUGACUAAUGAUUCCUCCAAGGUAUGGAAAUUCUUUAACUAUUGCAGUUUCCUAAU